CAGGCAUAAGUGUUUCACAAACAUCUCUUGUCACAUUUUUUUUCAGAAAAGAUGACAAAACUAAGCUAUAUAGCUUUGACAUAUGCCUGUGUUUUGACAUUAGGAAUCUGCAAGUUCUUGCCGGAUGUGCAAUAUGACUCGGAAUUCUUCAACAAGCUUCAACUGGAAACCGACUUGCAAAGAGAGGAAUCGUUUUCAAUGUCACUGAACAACCUUAAUCAAUUUCUGACUGAUUUGCAACGAAAAUCAAGAGCAAUUAUACGAUCUGUUGGACCAGGUAUGCUUGACAACGUUGAUAUCCUCACAAGAAUAUUAAAAGCGAAAUAUUUUUCAGAAGCCCUCAAAGAGCUUUUAAGUGAUUCAAAAUCACCUCAAGGGAAACGCAAAAGAUGGAUCGUAUGAAAAUUAUUGACUGCUGGUGCAAUGUAAUAAUUUUACUUACAAAUACAUUAUACGGUCAUUUAUUGCUCGUGUUUAAAAUUUACAACAACAAAAGAUUUAGAAUUGAAUUCCCGAGCAUAACAGUGCUGUGCUUUGUACAUGUAUGUGAUUGUUUGGAUGUUCAAUUACAAAACAA